CCGGUCUUGGUGAGAGACAGGCAGUGCAGAGCGGAGCCCGCACACAGGGAGAACGCGGGAGAGGAAACUCCCCCAAUGAGCUACCAAGAAGAGAGCCUCACUCUCAACCGUCCCAGCCUCCACUCCCCAUCGGCUGCAGCCCCGAGAUCCGUGCGUGUUUCCUGGCGUUAAAGCACCUCUCUUCCCCCGACACUCACAGCUGUGUGCCUCUGUCUGCUGCUGCCGAGAGGCUGCUUGAAAUGACCCAUGAGAAAAGCAGAGACGUGGGGCGCUGCUAGCUGGCCAGAUUACUGGGAGGACCCCCUGAAUUCCCCAGCAUUGCUGCCUGAACUUGAACCAGAGACUACUUUGAUCCAAUCUGUUUGUCAUCGCGAGCCCAAAUAGGAGGGCAUGGUUGUUUAGACGAGACAGAGUUCUAAAGCCAGCAGCAGGAUCGAGACAGAGACCCUCACAGAGAGACGUUCCCCACACCACCAGUUGAGAAGUGUGUGUGUGAGAUCUCUACCUUGAGAACCCUACUGUACUUCACAUCGUCUGACUGAGAGAAAACCGUGAAUGAUUGCGAAUCAGAGCAAGCCCUUUGCUGUGAGACCCCGCCCCAUGCUCCUCCCUCCUCUCAGGGGAUGGCCAAGGUCCAGGAUGGACACUCAAAUGCAUGCGACAGCCCUGCGAUGUUAGAGGAGAGUCAGGACAGUGGUAGACUCACUCCUGGCUCAGCUUCAGCUCGAGAGGUCUGCAUUCAGCGUCAUCCCAGCCAAGGCUUCGGCUUCGUAGCGGGCAGCCAGAGACCUGUCAUCGUACGCUCCGUCUCAGAGGACGGCCCAUCCAUCGGCAAACUUCUUCCUGGAGACCAGAUCCUGGCCAUUAAUGACGAAGUGGUGAGCGAGUCGCCCCGCGAGAGAGUCAUAGACCUUGUAAGAAGCUGCAAGGACUCCAUAGUUCUUACUGUGCUGCAGCCUCAUCAGUCGCCGAAGUCAGCCUUUAUUAGUGCAGCCAAGAAGGCCCAUCUGAGAACCAACCCACCCAAAGUGCGUUUUUCAGAGCAAGUGUCCUUCAGUGACCCAGACUCGACAAUGCUAAAGGACGAUUCUUUGCUACUUAUACCAAAUGUGCUGAAGGUGUUCCUGGAGAAUGGACAGAUCAAGUCCUUUACCUUUGACAGCCGCACCACUGUUAGGGACGUCAUCUCGUCCCUUCAGGACCGCCUGUCCCUGCGCUACAUCGAGCACUUUGCCCUGGUGCUGGAGUCAGGUGGGCUGGACCAAAACCAGCGGCUUCACCUGCUGCAGGAGAACCAGCCGCUGUCACAUGUGGUGCACAGGACGUAUUUCCAGGGGAUGAAGUGUCUCUUCCGCAUCUGUUUCUUCCCCAAGGAUGCGGCAGACCUUCUGAGGAGGGACCCUGCAGCGUUCGAGUACUUAUACAUACAGAGUCGCAAUGAUGUCAUCAAGGAGCGCUUCGGCAUGGACUGGAAGUCUGAUGUCACACUGCGACUAGCAGCACUCCAUAUCUACAUCACUGUGUCCUCAGCCAGACCCAAUCAGAAGAUCUCCCUGAAGAAUGUAGAGAAGGAGUGGGGUCUGGAACCCUUCCUGCCCCUCACUCUGCUGCCUACCAUCAAGGAGAAGAACGUGUGUAAAACCCUUUCACAGCUGCUCAAGACCUAUCAGCAGCCACCACCCUCCGGCAACAAGGUCCCUCCCCUCCAGGGAAAGCUACAGUACAUGCGAGUGCUCAAUGAUCUUCCGCCAUUCGGAGGCUUGCUGUUCCACACAGUCGGACUGGAUGAGAAGCAGUCGGCCACGACUCUGCUGGUGGGUCCGCGACAUGGCAUCAGUCAUGUGAUUGACUUGAAGAACAACCUGACCACAGUUCUGACAGAAUUCAGCAGGGUUGCUAAGAUACAGCUUUUCCGGGAGAACCAGGGCGUGGCCCGAGUAGAGGUGGCCAUACACGAGGCAAAGCCUCUUGUCCUGUUAAUGGAGUGGCCUGAUGCCAGUAACUUCGCCUGUCUAAUCUCUGGCUACUACAAGCUUUUUGUGGACCCCAAAAGGACCAUCUACUAUAGAACACCUGGUCAGUCUCAUAUGAUCAAGGCAGAUUACAGAAGUUCUCACCACGCCCACCCGCGCUCUGGUGCCACAGCGGCAUCCAGUGGGGAUCGCCGAGGAGAAGAGAGGGAAAGACCCCAGACGAGAGACCCAGCGUCCCACUCCCAGAAGACAACGGCCCCGCUGGCUGCAGAGUCCAAACACCUGGGUCUAUGCCACGUUCAUCUCCGAGAGCAACAACAGCUGCAGGAGCUCCAAACGCAGGCGGAAGGUGAACUCGAUAUCAACGAGAACUUAAUUUCCCAAGAAGCACCAGGGCGGCCCCGUACCAAGUCUGACCCAACGCUGCAGAGCACAGAGGCGAUUGCUGGAAGGCCAGAGAGCCCUGUUCAGGAGAGCUCCGUUGCCUUUAGGAACAGAGCCCAAACCAUGGGGCAGUCCCAGCAGACUGCACGGUUCUUUUGUGACUCUUGCAAGGCCAGGUUGCAGGCAGAUGGUGUGGAUGUAGCCGUGAAUGGCGGAAGUGGUGGCACUUCAUCAAAGCACUGCUCCAGUGCCUGUGCCUCCCGUAAUGGAGGUGCUGUUGACCUUAUGGCUCUGCCUCCCCCAGGGAAUGAAGAGGAAGAUGAAGAGGUGGUGGAUGAAGGAGAGAAGUUGCAGCCGCCCCAACCUGCGAUUGCUGCCCCUCCUCCUGGGUUUAGGGACAACAGCUCGGAUGAAGACGACACAAAGAGAGGACGGAGGUCUCUGCCAAACCCUGUCUCUGCCCCUGUCCCCAGUUCAAGUACGGCAACCGGUGCUGCUGCCGCCAAGAGCGGUGUCAAGGCUAUUGCCACAGAAGCUGUACCGGCUCGAGAGGAUGUCCCAGUGACAUUGAUAGACAACGUGUCCACCAGGACAGUGCGAGACCAUGCCCAGGAGCUGGAUGAUGCUUUAGUGUCCACUCUACAGGCACUGGAGGCUCUUGCCGCGUCAGAGGACUUCCCACAUCACCACCAACCGCCAGCUCAGACCGCAGGGUUGAUCGUACUGGCAGCGAUUACACCGGAAUCAUCAUUGGACUCAGGACACGAGACCAACUCCUCAGAGUUAACAGACGUGUCAGAGAUGGUAUCGGCCAUGAAGCAGCACCAGAACCAGGCCUACCUGCUGGCCCACCAUAUCAACAAAGAUCAUAUCUUCAGUCGUAGGGACUUCCCAUUGGCCAUACCUGGCUGCACCACCCAGACUAUAGGGAGUGGUGCAUUCUCCAUGGGUCAGAUUCACGGUGGCUGCCCCCCAAAACAAGUGAUCCUCACUAAGACUGUUCCCCUAAAACUCAGAGCUAGUCAGGAGACUGCCAGUCAAGGUCCUAACCCAGUGGAACAAGGGAGUAACGUUACCCAAGACCAGACCCAGAGUGAGACGAGCAUGGAUGAGAACAAGGCAGCAAAACCAGAGCCCAGCAAAGUGUGCACAUCAGAUCUCCCAACAAAGUCAACAGAGGUGUUAAAAGUGUCUGCUCAAGGGCAGGCACCCCAUGAUGUAAAGGAUGAGAGGACACCCUGUUCUGAUGUUGUCAAAGUAAGCCCAAAUCCCAGUGCAGGGGUCAAAGUGAAGAAGUCUUCACUUCCAAGUCCAGAUCCUACCAACAAAGCCUUACCUAUUCUCUUGCCUGUAGACAGAACUGCCUCUGCCAAGAUUUGCCCCACAAACAUGUGCCAAGAUGCCGAGACUGCCUCUAGUGAGACCAUCAAGCCCUCAAGUGCUAAAGACCUCUUGCCUGUCGAUGACCUGUUCUGUACAUGCCCUGUAAGAGAACCUGGGCAACAACUAAGACUGAAGGAUCCACAGACCCAGAAGCUGGUGGUCUUCCACUCUUCCUCCCCAACCAAUGAUGAGCGUAAUCGGGCCAAAGGCCUCCAGCUAGCUAGCAGCAAAGACAACACAGCAAGAGCAGCAGGAGGUGGGGCAGACCCCAUUUUGACCAAGCCCAACCCCCAGUUGCCAUCCAAGACCCCACACAUGCCUGUGAAAGCUGAGAGAAAGGAUGCAGCCGAGGCCAAGACAGACAUUUCCCAGGGUAAAGCUCAUGCCGAGCCACAGAAAUGCCCCCUAAAGUCAUUACCCCUCCUGGGAGACCCCGCAAACCCUACCUGCACUGUGGAGAAAGUCUCCACUCUACCAGCUGCUGAAAACAAGAAGCAGGGAGGCACUAAAGGAAAGACCCAACGUAGUGCCCCAUUCCUGAGUAUCAAGAACCUUCUGUCAGCCACGUUCCCAGCUCGAAUGAGGCGGGAGACUGAUGAACGCCGAGCCCAGCUGCAGAAGGUCCGGCAGUAUGAACUUGAGUUUCUGGAAGAACUUUUAAAGCCCAAGUCUUCCGGGGGCGAGUACCUACCCCAGGGGUCUUCACCAGUCCCAUCAGGUACCCCUUGUGCAUGCCAGCUUCGUACAAGUCCAGUGCUAAAAGCCCCUGGAAUCUCUCGGGAGCAGCGCCGCAGCUGUGACUGCAAGAGAAUGUGCAGAGGAAUCCGACUCCCAGACACGCCAGUUGGCUCAACCGCAGAACCACAGCAGCAUAGAGGCAGAGAGAGAGCCCUCUCCAAGACACCUCCCGCAACCUCCAAAGUCCCUCAUGCCCAGGGAGGUCCAAGGAGACCUCAGACCUUAGAAAUCAAGACCACCCGGAUCCGCUCAUCCAGUCUAGAGUCACGAGAGCCCAGGGGGGAGCAAGCUUCUUGCUUGCCUACCUGCACCACUCGCACACCAGACUGCAUUGGCGCGCCACAGUACAAGAAGCUCCAAAGGCGGUAUAGCAUUGGGGAGGUGGACAACGCCGAAGGCACACCGCUGUAUGCUGAGGUCAAACCCAAAUCCAAGAGUCUGGAAAAAGAGAUGGAGCGUGUCAGGGCCACAGGACUCAGGCUUCCAACGCCCGUGGAGCCUGUUCACACUCAAACUCAUACAGCUGCUGCCGACGCAAAGGGAAAGAAAGGAGUGUUUUUCAUCCAGGGAGAAGAGUUGCUGCGGGAAAGCAGAGAGGGGGCUCCAACUGAAGUGCUUCUGGGACUGCCUAGCGAGGACGGAGAUGACAGGGAGAAGUGCUGCUCCUUCUGUUUCUGCUACAGGAAGUGUGAAGCUGCGGAUGAGAGCAGCGAGAAGGAGGAGCUCUCCUACUCCAUUCCCCUUCAGGUCUUGCCUGGGAUGCAGCUGGACUCUCGAAACGUCGUCAGCAAAACACUGCAGGUCCUGCACGCUGAGGGCUGCAGCGGGGAAGACGAAGAAGUGGAGGAAGAGGAGGAAGAGGAGGAGCCACAGACACAGGAGAUUGACCUCCGGGCCUGUGGGACACUGGAGGGGAGCUUGGCAAGGGUCCAGGCCCUGCAGGGGAAGACGUUCAGCCUCCCAGACGGUUUCCUCAAUGCCCAACUAGAUGCUAAUGAGCUGCUAGCCAUCCUGCGACAGUGCGCUAAUAGCCCACAGGCAGACAACGAAUCACGUCUACAGCCAUCCAGGAUUGCUGAGUACAAGCAGGAGCUGGCGGUGCACUUUAAAGAGUUCAGGGCAGCCUGUCGGCGGGUGGCAAGUGUUGAAAAGAGCCCCACACGGAUGCUGAGCGUUGUCACAGCCAGCUUCCUUGUGCUCUGCGAACUGACUCAGACCUUCAUCAAGCUGGUGAGAGGUGUGCGUUCAGAGUCCCAAAGGCUGCAGCUACUAAGAAAGGUAGAAGAGGUCGCUAUCAAUUACACUUUGUUAUUGCGUGCAGCUGAGGAAGCAAUGGGCCACUCCAGUAGCCUACCUAACAAGAGCGUGAGUCCCCAAGUCAUUACAACCACCAGUAACAUGGGUUCCCUCUCUCGUCCCAUUAAAACACUUUCCACCCAGUAGAGAUGGAAUCAAUGGAGUUAAUAAUGAUUAAUCAUAUAUGACAGUGGGGAGUGUGGGUGGGACCCCAUUCUCAUAGUCCAUUAGUUAUUUAUUGCUUACAUGUUUUUACUGGAUGUGACAUUAUCCAUUCUCAGCAAAAAUGGCAAUGCAACUGCUCCAUUCAACGUUUACAGGGACCGUGGAACCCGAGUGGGCUUGUAUUGCUCAAAGAUUGCAAGCACCCACACCUCUAAAACAAUGGGUGAAAAACAGGGCUAACCACUCCUUGUAAACUAUUGCAUUUAAAAAGGUCCUUCAUAUUGUUUUCUAUGUAUAUUUUGAGUUAUAUCUUUUAAGUAUAAAAUUCUGUGGAGAGUUAUAAAAUGUAAUAAAAUGUAUACAAUUACUGUACAUUGAUUAUAACAGAUAUAAAGAGUAAUACAUCUAUAAUAAAUCUUCAAAAAUGUUAAUGUGCUCUGGGCUAAAAUAACGCAGAGAAAACGUCAACGUAGCGAAUUCUGUGAAUUAAAUAGUCCAAAGCGUGGGUUAGAUGUUAAUGUGUUUGUUAAAUUUUCUAACUGUUGUCGCACAAAACAUAGUUUUCUGUCACAUUCACAGUUUUGGAAAUUGUACCUCAUUGAGAUUGGAAAUCCACACAUUCAAACUGGUUUGAUAGAAAGCAAACAUGGGGCCCAUUUACUCACCUGCAGAAGAAAUCUGGUAUGAAACAUCUAGUCAAGGCAUACUAUGUAGCAAAAACUCAGAAUGACUAGCAGCUAGCCAGUCUGCACAAGAAGAAUCUUCUUUUUGAAGUAAACAAAUGCAACUUCUGGCUGCAGUAUUAGGUGUAGUCAACAUCACAUUUUGUAAUCCUCGUUUGAAACAUACACAAUAAUCAGAAUCCAAAUCAAAUUGCCACCUCACAUCAAUGGAGUUUCACAUUAGUAAAGUUAGCCUUAGACUUUUGCACAACUUUCAGCAUCUGAUUCUGUUCACAUGUCAAUAGUAAGUACUGUGAAUGUGAUCCCAUGUUUUGUUUAUAUUCAGUAUACUCACCACUGGGCUAGAAAACAAUUCCACAUACAUCUCCAGUUUAAUGAAUGAUUUCAUCUUAUAAAGGAUCCAAGCUGCCAUAUUCUCCUCAAAAAUAAUGUUACAGAAUGUGUCACAAACGUUUCACUGAGUUGAUCAGUUUUGCUCUCUGUUCGCUGUUACCAAUACUGCAAUACAGGACAUACUGAAAAAUCACAUUCACAAAAAGUAGUUUUCUAUGUAUUUUAAUAAAACUAACCCCUUGUGUUCUGUCUGAAAACUUA